AAACUAUGGCGCAGAGAACGGAAGGGGGGUGGGAGGUGUGUAGUGUAUUGUAUUUAAAUACUUUUAAUUGUUUGUGGUCCGGAGAUUCAAUUUUUGUGUCUUAGUCAUAUAAUGCAGUGGUACCUAACGGGCUGCUGGGUGGACAGAAACACAGAACGCUAAACUUUCAACAGUGCUAUAAUAACUUAUGAGUGGGCCAGGCCAGUGCACGACUCACAAUUUCUGAGCAAAAUUGUAUGUAGACUAGCCACCGCGAUCUGCCAGAGCCGAUGGACAGCUACCUGCAGUCGUGCUGCGGCGACCACCUGCAGUGGCGACUGCCGGACUCGCUGGAGGCCGGCUGGGCGGCCCUCGGCGUCACGCUCGCCGCCGGCCUGGUCUGUGUGCUGCUGCUGCGGCGGCUGAGACCGGCGCCGGCGCCGCCGCCACCUGACCAGUGCCGCUCGCUGGACUGUACCCGCUGCCACGGCGCCGCCGACGCGGCGGACCGGGCGGCGGCGCGGCUAGAGCAGGCCGCCGCUGCCGGUCAGCUCGUGUCAGACAGGGUGCGCCGCGCUGUGGCGGAGUGGCGCCGGACCGGCGGCGCAGGCGAACCGGCCGGCCGUCUGAUGGUCGCCGAACUCUCUGAGCGCGUCUGGUGGUACACCGCGCACGAGGCCGACCAGCGCCGGCUGCAGCUCGCUGCCGCCGGCAUCGCCUCAGACUACCGGUGGGCGCGCGACCAGCCGCACCGCUGGAGUGUCAACUCGAGUCCGGCCGGCCGGUGGCGGCUGUUCUGGCUGGUGAACCAGGGCCGCAGUCGACUGGGCCCCGGGGAGUGCGCCGCCACCCUCGCCUCCGUCGACUCCCUGGCCGGAGCGAUGCGGCACACGGUGUUCUCAAACGUGUGCUUCUCCGUGCUGGAACCGGGCACCAGCAUUGAGCCUCAUCUAGGACCCACCAACGUGCGAGUGCGGUGUCAUCUCGGUCUGGAGGUACCGGACGGAUGUCGGCUGGUGGUGGCUGGUGAGGAGCGCCCCUGGACCCGCGACCAGUGCCUGCUGUUUGACGACUCGCACCUGCACCACGCCGGGCACGGCGGGCAGGCCGGCGAGCCACGCGUGGUGCUCAUGGUCGAUAUGUGGCACCCGCUGCUGACGGCCGACGAGCGCAGACUGCUGGAGGAAGUGCUCAGGCCGCCGGACGCUCACACUAGUCAGUGAUGGGAUGCCUCCUCACAGAUAUGUGUGGGAACUUAAACCGACUGUGAUAUAAUUUAAUGGAGGGUAAGUGAAGGGAUCAAUCCAAAACACCUAUUCCCAGACAGUGGUCAUCGCCGAUAUCAUGGAGCGGUUUGGGAAUAUAUAUUCAGAGAUGUUUUGUGUAAUCAUGUGUUACGCAUAAACGUGUUCAGCAUUGAAA